UUUCAGCUGUUUGGUGUAGAGGUUCAUGAUUGUUUUGGGUGAAGUAGGAAAGUUUGUUUGGAAGCAGGAGACAGUCCUCAGAGGCUGAACACUGAGGACUCAUGGAUGCUGUGUUUGGACUGCUGCUGCUGCUGGGUGUCUGUCAUGGUGUGGAAACCUCCUGUGAUGGCAGACAGAAUGGAGCUGAAUGUUACGGAGCUCUAGGAGGAACUGUGCUCCUCCAGCUGAUGGAUGAUGCAUCAGAAGUAUUUAAAUAUGAUUUGAAGAAAGAAACAACAGUAAUACUACAUGGGAGGAGGGGAAAUAUUCUGACUGAUCUGACAAAAAGCAGAUUCUCAUUUACUCCUAACAAUGGAACAUUUAGGAUCAAUAACCUGAGUAGAGAUGAUGGUGGACAAUAUAGUGGUACAGCUUAUUUAAAUUCAAGUGGAACAAAUCCAGUGACGCGGACUCUUCAGUUGAUCAUUCAAGCUCCUGUGUCCUCUGUCCAGCUGGUCCCUGAGUGUCAGUCUCAGGGAGAGAUGAGGGUCUCCUGCUCCUCUGGGGGAGGGGACAGUCCUCAGUACAGCUGGACUCUGGAUGGAAAAACACUGACUGGCACUCAGCUCCUCUCUGGAAAUAGUGAGAGUCAGAACAUCACUCUGAAACAAGAUGUGUCUGGGCAACUGAAGUGCACAGUCAGAAACCACAUCAGUAGUGUCCCAGGAGAAAAGAUGAUAUCUACCUGUGGCUUCAAACUCGUUGAGUGCACCUUACUCAAUGGGACCUACAUAUCACAGUGGUUGCGACCAUCCAAUGAAACUCUGUGUAUUAAGUCAACAACUGAGGGUAAGGAGCCUGACAUCACAGUGACAAAUAAACCCUCUUAUAAUAUCACACCCUCCAACCACACUUGGAAUACCUCUAGAGGAGGAGACCUAUUGUACAUUAUCUUGCCAAUAGCGGCGGGCGUCCUCGUUGCAUUGCUGGUUCUCUUGGCUGUUGGAGUGGGAGUCGUCUAUACUCAGAAAAAAAAGCAGAACAAACAAAAAGAGGACAAUGACGAACAGGAAUUAACUUAUGCUGAAGUCAAGGUUGGGCAGAGGCCAGGGAGGCAGUUGCAGCAAAGUGCGGAGCUGGAGGUGGAGUACGACCAGGUCAAGUUUUCACAGCGACCUCGGCAGCCUGUUGAACCAUCAGGAGAUGAAUGUGUGUACUCCAAGGUCCGCAGAGGCAGGUGAUUCAUAGUAUUUCAACUCAGACUGCACCACUGAGGGCAGACUGAGGGGAUGUUUGCUGGCUAAAGGCCCUUCACUUUUAUUGAACAAAUUUAAAGCCAUCAGCACUGAUAGAUUGACAUUCUCACAUUUAUUAUUGUACAGAGGGCUAACGACAUAUCUUUAGCUACAUGAAUUAGAGUAUGUCUAGUUGUAUUUUUAAUUGUUUUUAUAAACCAUUCAGUGUUUUUGUUCCAUUGUUAAAUUGCAGUAGAUACAUUGUAGAUCUUAAGAUGAUAUUUUGAGAAUACAUUCUUUAGAUCAUGUGCAAAUGAUUGUCAGCCAUGUUCAAAAGGGUUCUGCCAAAGUGGCAUUGGUCUGUUUUUAAUGAUCAUUUGGAUGGCUAUUUUUACUUUUAUGUUCAGAUUGCAUUAAACUCGUAUGUUUGUAGAUGUGGAUGUCUUAAAGGAUCAGAUUACAUUGAUAGAUGAAUUAAGAGGCCUGUAAAAUUCAACAGUGCUGUCUGCUUUUGGCACCGCAGCCCAAAAAAAGCUGUGAAGAAAUGUCUUGUCUCAGGGGAAGUUAAAAAAAAAUAGUUUCCAUGAUGCUCAGGCGUCAGUUUUAAGACGUUUAACAGUAGUCCUGGGUUUUAUUACCAGGAGCUAAACAACUCAGAUGUCAAUCAUCUGUUCAAUAACUGUGCAUGCAGUUAUGAACAUGGUUAGGAGUCAGUCUUUUCAUGUUGUUUUAUAAUUAACUCAGACUUAUUUGCCACUACAGUAAAUACAGUUUGUUCUGAAAACUGACUUAGUGAUAUAAGAGACACAUUUUUCAAAAGUGUGUGUUUGGCUCCUGAAACAGGAGGAAAGCUGAGAGCAACUAAUGUGGCGUUGUGGUGUAGAAAAGAAAGUACUUCACACCUUGAUACAUUUGAGCGGAUUAUUUGUUUAUCUUUUAACACCAUGAAGCUAUCUUUGCUAUAUUUAGGUUGCUUCAUUUCCUAUUACGUUGUGCUUUCCAGUUUAGAGUGUACCAAAGAGCAACUAAAAAACAAUACGAAAGAGAGAUGUAAUUUAUAGCCUUUUUUGUGCACUGAACAGUAAGGGAUCAACUGCAAAAUGCAAAGCAUAUUCAGUGACAGGAUGCAAGAGAUAAAAUAAAUGAAAUGCCUGUAACUCAUUUGAAUUUUCACAAGUCAAAGUUUUUUUUAUUUCUACAGCGAGUAAAAAUUGUAACUUCUGCAAUAUAGAGGUUAACCAUUACAUUCUUAUUAAUACAUCAUUCCCCCCCCGACAGACUGUCUCAUCAAUUGCACCAUAAUGCAUGCAUUUAAGAUGUAAGCACUGGCUAAUAAGCCCACUCACACGCACAAACUGUUAGGUGUAUUUUGCUUCAGCCAGACAGCACCACAACAAAUAUUUGAAAUAUGCCUACAUUAUUUUCAGGCAAUAAUAAACAAGUCGUAGUAUGCAAGAGACACUUGUUUUUCCUGUGUUUACAGUCAACCACUGUGCCCCACUGUCCAGAAUACAACAAUAGGCAGUGAUGAUAAAACAGUUACUCAGUUCUUGUAGGCAUCAGAUGAUGGUAGACAUUUCUACUUGUCUGUCAACAACGUUUUGAUGUGAGUGGGUACUGUGUUAGGCAGUGCACUGAAAACAUUAGAUUCUCAGGCCUGACAUCCUUACCUUCUGUUUAUAUGAAAGAUUGUUUCAAGUACUCUUAUUAAAGUCCAGUGUGGUUAUGUGUUUGACUUUAUUUUAAUGCUUUUUGACUUCUGUUGUGAGUUAAUAUAUUAAAGCAAUGCCAGUUUUGGAAAUGAUGA